CAGACCUAUUGCCUAGCAUGAGCUUUGUGGAAUAUUCAGAUUUGAUUAAAGAUGGGGACGUUGCCAUCGUCCACCUGGGCCACAACUCGGUGACGCCUGUCAAGGUACAACAUGGUGCUCAGACCCAGACCCGCUAUGGAGCGAUUCGCCAUUCCUCUGACCUUAUUGGACAGCGCUACGGCUCUAAAGUAACCUGUAGUAAAGGCGGAUGGGUACAUGUGCUGCACCCCACACCGGAGCUUUGGACCGUCUCACUACCUCACCGCACCCAGAUCCUCUACACCCCAGACAUCGCUAUGGUUACGAUGAUGCUGGAGCUCAAGCCAGGAUCAGUGGUUUGUGAAUCAGGUACUGGUAGUGGUUCCCUCUCCCACGCCAUCUUGCGCACAAUUGCCCCGACGGGCCACCUACACACGGUGGAGUUCCACCAGCAGCGUGCAGAAAAGGUGGUUGAGGAGUUCAAGGAGCACCGUGUGGAUCACUUGGUCACGGUCAGGAACCAGGACGUGUGCAAAGACGGAUUCGGAGUUACGGGGGUCGCAGACGCGGUCUUCCUGGACAUCCCCAGCCCCUGGGAGGCGGUGGGACAUGCCAAGGCUGCUAUGAAGAAGCAUGGCGGCCGGCUGUGCUCCUUCUCCCCAUGUAUAGAACAGGUCCAGAGGACCUGUGAGGCACUGACGGAGCAAGGCUUUGAGGAGAUCAGGACGCUGGAGGUGCUGCUGAGAGUCCACAAUGUCAGAGACGUCACUCUGCAACUGCCUGAUUUCGGCCCUGACCCCUCCUCCUCCCAGGCAAGCCCACAAGCCAUGGAGGGGGCUUCUACCGCUGCUAGUCCAAACCAAACCUCCUUAAGAAUUAAAACCACCACUUUACCCAGAGAAAUGCCCGGUCACACAGGGUAUCUGACCUUCGCUACCAAACCCAGAACCUGAAGCCUCGAAGGAGCUUCCUGACUGAUGGCUGUUUGUUGCUUGCAUCAAGCCAAAUGUAAAAUCAGUUUGUUUGCUGGGUCCACAGCUCUGUAGUUUAUGAUUGUAUAAGUUUACCUUUUAUACCUGAUUUUACUUUUGUGAAGCAUUUUUUCCCAUUUCUUGGGGUGCAACUACAGGCAAUAAAUGAGUGAUGCAAUUAAAGUGUCUGCUGUGGAAAACACCAA